UUACGUUUUAGCACUGUUGUUGUAUUUAUUUUUGAUGUGAUUUUGAAGUAAAGAUAAUUUAAACGCAUUUUAAAAAGGUUCGUAAAUAAUGUAUUUUUGCCCCUAUUCGAUGCGCAACCUUCAUAUACUGUUUGUUACAACGCUGUGAACGUAUGGACGUUUUGAUAGGUUUUUAGCCAGAACAUUUUCCAGCUGUAAUGGUCAAGUCCACACCUUGCCUUUAUUUAAACUUGGAGGUACAAGUGCUGUGUAAAAUGUUAUGCUGUGUAGAAAAAAAAAAAAAAAACGGUUAGAACUCUCUUACGAGACACCCAAAGUUCGAGUUAUAUUAAACGAUUUUGAAGAGAUAAAACAUUUUAACAGUGUUAGCGGACCUUUUGUGUUGUAAAAAAAUUGUGCCUGAGAAAGUGUAAAAACAAGGAUAGCGGUCACCAAAAACUUGACCGCUCCAACUACAGUAGAUUUAGAUAAAUGUUUACUGCAAAAUUGUGCCUGAGAAAGUGUAAAAACAAGGGUAGCGGUCACCAAAAACGUGACCGCUCCAACUACAGUAGAUUUAGAGAAAUGUUUACUGCAAAAUUGUACCUGAGAACGUGUUAAAACAGAAUGGUUUCAGCAACAACGUGACCGCUCCGACUACAGUAGAUUUACAAUAAUGUUUACUGCAAAAUUGUGCCUGAGAACGUGUUAAAACAAAAUGGCCAGUCAGCAACGUGACUGCUCCGACUACAGUAGAUUUACAAUAAUGUGUACUGCAAAAUUGUGCCUGAGAACGUGUUAAAACAAAAUGGCCGGUCAGCAACAACGUGACUGCUCCGACUACAGUAGAUUUACAAUAAUGUUUACUGCAAAAUUGUGCCUGAGAACGUGUUAAAACAAAAUGGCCGGUCAGCAACAACGUAACCGCUCCGACUACAGUAGAUUUAGAAUCACGUUUACUGCAAAAUUGUGCCCAUCCGUUUGUGUCAGUUAGUGGCAUACGCCGUAUACUUUCUUAUUUCUGUUAAAGCAAAGAGCAUAGCUUCAAAGGUUGCACUGUACAAAUUAUAUUCUUCAUAUGUGUCACGUUGUAGCAAUUUCGAGAAAGGAAAUCCUUAUAUUUCGAAUGCCGAUGCUCAUAUUUCGGGUUUGGGCUACCUGUGGUGCCACCACUAAAACUUCCCUAUAUUGUGUGAACAAAGCCUUAGAAUCACGUUGACUGCAAAAUUGUGCAUACAAACGUUAAAAACCGAAAAAAAGCGAUGAGAAACAACCUAACCGCUCGAAAUACAGUAGUCAAAAUGAAAUGGCCGUUGAAAAACAUCAGCGAAAGAAGAAAGAAUUGGCUUUGAACAAAUUACAAAUAAUAUAAUAUAGGUUAGUGGCAAAUGCAAACAUUACAGAUGCAAAUGGUUUUUAUAAUGUUGCAGUAAUCACACCUUGAUGUAAAGAUUAUUAGAGAAUACAGGAGUAGAGAGAGAGAGAGAGAAAGAAAGAUUGUAUCAGUGCCACACCCCUCGGUGUAAUUUUCAAUUUAAAUGCAUUCGCUUAUUAGGAAAUGCAAUUAAGAAAAGUGAAUACUGAGAGAAAGACUCCUGAAAUAGAAAAGAGAAGCGUGACGUCACGUUACCGUGGGAGCAAAAUUUCUGGAUCACAACAAUAUGGAGCUAAGCAACGAUGACGGCAACGGCAACGAGAACGGCAAAAAAGCAAUAGAUUUAUGUUAGCAAAAAAACAACAACAACAACAACAACUCAUCACGCCUUUUUGUACAUUUCGUUGCACGACUGCAACAUGAAACGUACUUAUUUCACGCGCCCGCUUUAAGGAGUUGGUGAACACAACGUGAAAAUGUUCUUUUCCUUUUUCGUAACUUAGAUACUGGCCUUUGGGAUUUAACCCCAGAAAAGGUCGACAACAUUUGACAAAUUAAAUGAAAUUGGAUAAGAUCCAUGAAGAUUGAACUUUCAGUUUGUUGUCAUGCAGAAAUUUUGCUACCAUGUCAACGUGACAAAACGACAUCUCUUCUCUAUUCUGGGCUCGAAAUAAUUUCCCGAGAGUCUCCGGACACGAUGACCGGCCAAAUCCAUUUUAGCUCGGUCACGUGUCGUUUCUGGCCGGUCAAAUUUGUAAGAUAAAUAACUCUUAAAACAGGGGCCCAUGAGCCAAAACUGGCGUUACAUAUUUCCAAAAAAGUCACUGCUUAGAGGUUCUAGCACUUUAAAGCACUCAUUAACAACAAGUAAAACAAAAAUUACAGCGGCAAAAUGAAAAUGAGCUAAAUUAGUAUUGUCAAUUGUAGCACCAAUGACGUCCUGACAUUCAAAAUACGUACUGGGCUUACUUUUGUUUUGUAUUGCUUCAAAUGAACCUUCUCGAUAUACAAUGAUAUGCGAGUCACCUCUUCUUGAAAAAGAUGUUUUGAAUUGAUCCCAAACCAAGACGAGUUCGUUCCAGCGUGUGAUCUACCCGUUUCGUAAACUUUGGAGAGGGUCGAGAUGGAGAAUACAGAGAAGAAUAUCUAUGCCGAUGUGGUUCCUCGCUUUCCAGAGCAUUUGCAGGAAACGAUGAGUAAGCUGCCCCUAGAGACACAACAACGUUUAUAUGUGGACAUUUUCAAGCCACUGGACUUUUACGAACUACUGUUUGAGUACUUUAAGGAAAAAGAUGGCGCGCAAAACUCCAGCGACAGUGAAAAUAAACGUUGAAUGUUGAACUGUUGAAAAAGUUGUGCGAUAUUACAAAAAGGAACACUAAACCUCUGUAAUGAGAAGUUUGCCGGAGGGAGAGAGAGUGUAAGUUAACACGCUUCACGAUUUCUAUGACUGAUUUCUUUGCACCCAAAUUCUUAAGUACACUGAAGUUGAUGACUGUGCACCUCAGAUGUAUAAUUUAUUGCUCUCCUUCUUGUAUACUUGUACUUUUUUUCAGUACAGCGAUCAAAUUGUAUUCGUCAGAUAUUGUAAGAUAUUAUAUCAGCUUUGUGUGGUUAUCUGCCCCUUGUUACGUAACUUACUUUUUUAUCCGUUUGCGUCAGUUAGUCACAUGCGCUGUACUUUCUUAUUUCUGUUAAAGCAAAGAGCAUAGCUUAAAAAUUGCACUGUACAAAUUAUAUUCUUCAGAUGUGUUACGAUUAACGUUGUAGCAAUUUCGAGAAAAGAAAUCCUUACAUUUCGAAUGCCGAUGCUCAUAUUUCGAGCUUGGGCGACCUGUGGUGCCGCCCCCGGGCCGUUAGUAGGGAUCUUACGAUCCGACAACGGCGACGUCCAUGAAAUAGACUCCGUAUCCUUACAAACCAUUUCGCCAUCAUCCCAAGUCGCCCAGUUACUUAAAAGAAGGGAAUUUAUGUUGGAGCUGAAGAGAGGGGGCCGCACUUAAGUUCAGAAAGAGAUGGUAGAAUUUAACACCAUGCUGUUCCCGUCCUCGAAAAAAACUUAAAAUUUGGUCAUUUCACGCCGUAGUCGUGCAGGGACGGCAAAGAAAUGUAGAAAAAAAGCAUGAUGCACGUGCAGAGCUGUUGUUCUGCUAACUAAACCUAUUGCUUUUUUAACUUGCUGUUUCCGUCGCCGUCGUAGUUUCGUAAGGUCCCUAUUUUUCAUACUCUACCGGGAAGUGAGCGGUGAGCAAUAACCUAACCGCUCUAACUACAGUAGUCAAAAUGAAAUGGCCGUUGAAAAACAUCAGCCAAAGAAGAAAGAAUUGGCUUUGAAAAAAUUACAAAUAAUAUAAUAUAGGCUAGUGGCAAAUGCAAACAUUACAGAUGCAAAUGGUUUUUAUAAUGUUACAGUAAUCACACCUUGAUGGACAGAUUAUCAGAGAAUACAGGUGUACAGAGGGAGGAAGACAGAGAGAGAGAAAGAGAAAAAUAGUAUUAGUGCUACACCGCUCGGUGUAAUUUUCAUUUUAAAUGCAUUCACUUAUUGGGAAAUGCAAUAAGGAGAAGUGAACACUGAGAAAAAUACUGCUGAAAUAGAAAGGAGAAGUGUGACGUCACGUUACCAUGGGAGCAAAAUUUCUGGAUCACAGCAAUAUGGAGCUCAAGCAACGACGACGGCAAUGGCAAGAAAGCAAUAGGUUUAUAUUAGCCCCCAAAAAAACUCAUCACGCUUUUUUGUACAUUUCUUAGCCGUCGUUGCACGACUGCGACAUGAAACGUCCUGAUUUGACGCGCCCUUUUUAUGGAGUAGGUAAACAGAUCGGAAAGGUAUUCUUUAUUUUUUCUUAACUCAGAUACGGGCCUUUCGGAUUCAACUCCAGAAAGUUUCGCCAAUAUUUGACAAAUUAAAUGAAAAUGGAUAAGAUCGAUGAAGUUUGAAACAUUGCAAAUUCAGUUUUUAAGUGAAUUUUCGGUUUGUUGUGAUCCAGAAAUUUUGCUACCAUGGCAACGUGACGUAACGAGUUCUCCUCUCCAUUAUCUCAAUUGUAGCACCAAUGACCUCCUGACAUUCAAAAUACGUAAUAGGCUUACUUUUGUUUUGUAUUAAAUGCAUCAAAUGACUCAGUUAAACAGUGAUACGCGAGUCACCUCUCCUGGAAAAAGCUGUUUGAAAUUGGUCCCAAACCAAGACGAGUUCGUUCCAACCUGUGAUCUAUCCGUUUCGUAAACUUUGAAGAGGUUCGAGAUGGAGAAUACAGAGAAGAAUAUCUAUGCCGAUGUCGUUCCUCGCUUUCCAGAGCAUUUGCAGGAAACGAUGAGUAAGCUGCCCCUAGAGACACAACAGCGUUUAUAUGUGGACAUUUUCAAGCCACUGGACUUUUACGAACUACUGUUUGAGUACUUUAAGGAAAAAGAUCGCGCGCAAAACUCCAGCGACAAUGAAGAUAAACGUUGAAUGUUGUUGCAAAAAGGAACACUAAACCUCUGUAAUGAGAAGUUUGCCAGAGAGAGAGAGAGAGAGAGAGUGUAAGUGAACACGGUUCACUAUUUCUAUGACUGAUUUCCUUGUACACAAAUUCGUAAGUAAACUGAAAUUGACGACUGUACUCCUCAGAUGUAUAAUUUAUUGCUCUCCUUCUUGUAUACUUGUAUUUUUGUCAGUACAACGAUCAAAUUGUAUUGGUCAGGUAUUGUAAUAUAUUAUAACAGCUUUUUGUUUUUAUCUGUCCCUUGUUAUGUAUCUUAGUUUUUCAUCCGUUUGCAUCAGUUAGUUGCAUACGCUGUACUUUCUUAUUUCUGUUAAAGCAAAGAACAUAGCCUCAAAGAUUGCCCUGUAUAAAUUCUAUUCGUCAGAUGUGUUACGUUUUAGCACUGUUGUUGUAUUUAUUUUUGAUGUGAUUUUGAAGUAAAGAUAAUUUAAACGCAUUUUAAAAAGGUUCUUAAAUAAUGUAUUUUUGCCCCUAUUCGAUGCGCAACCUUCAUAUACUGUUUGUUACAACGCUGUGAAUGUAUGGACGUUUUGAUAGGUUUUUAGCCAGAACCAUUUUCCAGCUGUAAUGGUCAAGUCCACACCUUGCCUUUAUUUAAACUUGGAGGUACAAGUGCUGUGUAAAAUGUUAUGCUGUGUAGAAAAGAAAAAAACCGGGUAGAACUCUCUUACGAGACACCCAAAGUUCGAGUUAUAUUAAUCGAUUUUGAAGAGAUGAAACAUUUUAAUAGUGUUAGCGGACCUUUUGUGUUGUAAAAAAAAUUGUGCCUGAGAAAGUGUAAAAACAAGGAUAGCGGUCACCAAAAACGUGACCGCUCCAACUACAGUAGAUUUAGAGAAAUGUUUACUGCAAAAUUGUGCCUGAGAAAGUGUAAAAACAAGGGUGGCGGUCACCAAAAACGUGACCGCUCCAACUACAGUAGAUUUUGAGAAAUGUUUACUGCAAAAUUGUACCUGAGAACGUGUGAAAACAAAAUGGCUUCAGCAACAACGUGACCGCUCCGACUACAGUAGAUUUACAAUAAUGUUUACUGCAAAAUUGUGCCUGAGAACGUGUUAAAACAAAAUGGCUUCAGCAACAACGUGACUGCUCCGACUACAGUAGAUUUACAAUAAUGUUUACUGCAAAAUUGUGCCUGAGAACGUGUUAAAACAAAAUGGCCAGUCAGCAACAACGUGACCGCUCCGACUACAGUAGAUUUACAAUAAUGUUUACUGCAAAAUUGUGCCUGAGAACGUGUUAAAACAAAAUGGCUUCAGCAACAACGUGACUGCUCCGACUACAGUAGAUUUACAAUAAUGUUUACUGCAAAAUUGUGCCUGAGAACGUGUUAAAACAAAAUGGCCGGUCAGCAACAACGUGACCGCUCCGACCACAAUAGAUUUAGAAUCACGUUUACUGCAAAAUUGUGCCUACGAACCUUCUAGAACAAGAAGGGUGGUCAGCAAUAACGUGACCGCUCGUUAUACAGUAGAUUUAGAAUCACGGUUACUGCAAAAUUGUGCCUGCGAACGUUCUAGAACAAGAAGGGUGGUCAGCAAUAACGUGACCGCUCUUGAUACAGUAGAUUUAGAAUCACAUUCACUGCAAAAUUGUGCCCACGAACGUUCGAGAACAAGAAUGGCGGUCAGCGGUCAGCAACAACGUGACCGCUCUGACUACGGUAGAUUUAGAAUCACAUUCACUUCAAAAUUGUGGCCACGAACGUUCGAGAAUAAGAAUGGCGGUCAACGGUUAGCAACAACGUGACUGCUCUGACUACAGUAGAUUUACAAUCACAUUCACUGCAAGAUUGUGCCCACGAACGUUCGAGAACAAGAAUGGCGGUCAGCGGUCAGCAACAACGUGAUUGCUCUGACUACAGUAGAUUAAGAUUCACAUUCACUUCCAAAUUGUUUGCACGAACGUUCUAAAACAAGAAGGCUCGUCAGCAACAACGUGACCUUUCUGAAUACAGUAGAUUUAAGACAUGUUCACACUAUACCGGAUAGUUUCUGCGCCGUCACGCAAAUCUUACCGGAUAGGGUUUCUCUUCACACAUAAGAACGGUUGUGGCGGCGAGGUUUCUGUGACGGUGCGAAGUUGCGCCGCGCCGACCACGAAAGUGGAGAGUCACAUAUCGGAUAGGUUUUGUGCCGCGCAGUGUGAACAUCUAUUCGGCCCGUCACGGAAGUAAAUAGGCUGAUUUAGCAACAGAACAGGAACGUCAGUUGACGACGGGGAAGCGCGCGGAAAGGACUAAACACGACUUCCGGUGCCCAAUUUGCCGCUCUGGCAUUGGUCAAGCCAGUCGUUUGAUUUGCGCGCGCGGUCGUCAACUAACGUUCCCGUUCUGUUGCUAAAUCACCCUAAUAAAUAGGAGCGAGGACUGGAAUCCACUGAUACGGAAGUGAAUAUUUAGGAGUUAGGACUGGAAUGUAGUCCACCAAGCCCUCUCGGCCAACAGUGCCAGCACGAUGUUCGAUGUGUGUUAACGACUUGUGCUGCCCCGGGCAGUUUCUGUUCAUACUCCAACGGAUCUUUUCGUAGCGCUAGUGUGAACGUAGCAUUAGUAAAAUUGUACCUAAGAACGUUAUAAACCAAAAAGGGCGCUCAGCAUCAACGUGACGCUACGAUUAAUACUUUUGUUUCGUAAGUUUUCUUGUAUCUUUUUUUCUUAGCCCAGUCUAUUUGUAAGAGUAUGAGCAUGAAGGCCAUGCGAAGUGGAAGAUUGGGGGCGGCCUUAGCGUGGUGCCUCAGAUCAAAGGUAAUGUACUUUUACCCUUUAACUUCUGAUAGUGCGCAAAGAUGAAAUUUAUAAGUUGCUUCAACCCUCGUUUUGAAAACGAGGGUAAGAGGGGCGAAGUCUUUGUCUUUGUUCUUUCGUGCAGGCAAAACUCGUUUUUGCAUGAAUGUUUUGCUCUUAACCUCACUUAUAGCCUAUAGAGAGGAGAAGUGGUUACGUCACGUUGCCAUGGUAGCAAAAUUUCUGGAUGAACGUCACUUAAAAGGUAAAUUCGCGCUCUUUCAAACUUCAUCGAUCUCAUUCAAUUUCAUUGAAUUCGUCAAAUUUGGCGAAAUUUUCUGGGGUUAAAUCCGAAAGGACCGUUUCUAAGUUUAGAAAAGGAAAGAGAACAUUUUUGUGUUGUGCUCACGUAAAAGUGGGCGCGCGAAAUUGGGAAGUUUCAUCCCGCAGUCGUGCGACAACGGCUACGAAGUGUACAAAAAAGCGUGAUGCACAUGAAAAGUAGUUGUUUUAAUAAUAUAUAGCUAUUGCUUUUUUGCCGUUCUCGUUAUCGUCGCCGUCUUCGUUGCUUAAGCUCCCUACUCUUGUGAUCCAGAAAUUUUGAUACCAUGGUAACGUGACGUCAGACUUCUCCUCUCUAUUAAAAGGCUACAUUAAGGGGAAAAACUAACAGUCAUACCCACUUUACACAGUAUAACCAGCAGCACCACAGUGCACCCAUCAACCUAUAAACGGCACAGUAAAGUAUGAUGGCUCUUAUUUGUAUGAAUAUUAGACAACACAAUUAAUCUCUAUGCCCUCAGGUUAGUUCCUCAAAAAGGCACAUCACUGGCAACCAAAAGAUUGGUACAGGCAUGCUCGUUCCAGGGUUCUCUUCGGCUCAUUCUCUCUCUUGCUCUGGGGGACGAGUGGGAGAGAACCCUGGGAACGAGUAUGUGGUGCAACGUAUCACAUGAACGCCAUCACUUUGUUGUGAAAAGUCAUUACUCUUAAAUUUUUUAAAAAACUUUUUUGGAUGAAGUUGCAGUUUUUGAAUUUCCCUUUCUCUUCUUUUAUUUGCAGGAUUCUACAUUUGCUGCAUUCAUUUCAGAAAGGUAUGUAGAGCAUAGGGUUAAUAGAGAGAAGAAGUCGUUACGUCACGUUGCCAUGGUAGCAAAAUGUUUGGAUGACAACAAACCGAUAAAGUCACUUAAAAGUCCAUUCGCACUCUUUCAAACUUCACCGAUCUUAUUCAAUUUCAUUUAAUUUGGCAAAAUUUGCUUUGGGACCGUGUCUGUCGUUAUCUAAGUGUAAAACAAGAAAGCGACAACUUUUGUGUUUUGUUCACCUACUCCAUAAAGCGGGCUUGUGAAAUUAGGAAGUUUCCAGUGUCGUAGUGGUACAACGACGGCAAAGAAAUGUACAAAAUAGCGUGAUGCACGUGCAAAGUUGUUGUUUGUCAAUAUAAACAUAUAUUUUUGGCCGUCGCCGCCGUCGUUGGUUUUGUUGUCAUCCAGAAAUAGUGCUACCGUGGUAACGUGACGUCACACUUGUCCUCUCUAUUUUAUUGUUUGCACUAAGAGAUCAUCUUAGGACACUGUCCUAUUAUGAUCUCUUGGUUGCACUUAGUUUCGAAAAAAAAAAUAUACAAAAUGAAAUCUUGACUUCUACUAGGGCGGAGACCUGAUCUCAACUGCCAGUUAGCCGUAAUCGCUAAGGAAGUUCGAGAGAUUCAAACUCUAGCUUGAAUCGCUCUGAGUGAGGAAAUUUUUAAUGUAAAAUUUAAAAUUUUUUGGAUUUUUUUAUUAAGUUCUUAUAGCAGUAAUAAGCUAACUCAUACGGUAAGGGUCAGUGAAAAAAACGUUUGGAAACGUCAAAACGAAGGUACCUCAUUUUGUGAAGCUUCAGAAUGAGGGUUUUUCACAGUGACCUUGUCUAUGAAUAAGGCAGAGGGCUUUGUUCAUGUCAGCUUCGUUUUACCUUAAUGUUUUUUUUUGCAUUUCUUUCUUCUGUACAGGUUCUUAUCAGAGUACUGCAAGAGUGGCGGGUUUUCCAAUCUUGAUUUGAUCGAUAAUCUUGGAUCUGCCAUGCUUCUCAGUGAUCGGCUCACUUUUCUAGGUAACAAAAAGCAACUGAAAAUGCAUGCUACCGGUACCAUGUGCGCGGGAAAAUGCAUGCAACUGGCAAUAAGACGGGAAAAGAAAUGUUGCCAACGCCAAGGAUCGGGAAAAAGCAUGCAAGUGGCAUCACGCGCGAGAGAAAAAGCAUGCAACUGACGAUAAGCGCGGGAAAAGAUAUGCCACCAGCCCUAAAGCGCGGGAAAAUGCAUGCAACUAGCGAUAAGUGCGGAAAAAGAUAUGUCACUAGACCCAAAGGGCGGAAAAAUGCAUGUAACUGGAAUCAAGCGCGCUAGAAAAUGCAUGCAACUGGCGAUAAGCGCGGGAAAAAAACAGGUUCUGAGCGCGGGAUAAAGCAUGUCAUCAGCGCCAGGCGCGCGGGGAAACGCACACGAGCAAGUCACGAUGUCACUGCCUGAGAGGGUAACGCAUUUCUGUCAAAAUCAAUCAUGGCAAAACCAAACCGCAUAUUUUCUAUUAAAACUACAACGGCUUUAGCAAUUUGUUUUGGUUUCGUGAUAAAAAUACUGAAAUCCUGUCAGUUCCCGAUUUUAUAUCUUCGUCGAUAACCUUUUCUCUGGUCCGUUUGAAUACGUCUUCAAUUAGUUAUUGAUCAUAAUAUGUUUUACCUCAGGGAAGUACCGCGAGUUUCAUAAGAUGUACGAAGAAGGCAAGUUUCAUGAAGCUGCUCAUCUGCUGAUCUCGCUGCUGACAUCUAAGCUUGCUCCGCAGAGGUAAGGGAGACUUGUUGCUAUCUCUCUUGUGGAGUUACGAUAGGCUAGGCCUUGAUAACUGAAUCCCUCUGUGUUAUACAUAAAUACUGCUUUAAUUUAAAUCAUUGUACUCGUGGAAGAGGUGUAGAAUUACACAUUCUACCUACCACCUUGCUUGGAAAAAAAAAACGCGCCACUUUUGUAUUGCCCUUAAUACACUUCUUUACCCCCAAAAUUUGCAUUGACAUUGUUUUUGAAAGUAUUUUCAAGGCGAUUUUUCCUUGUUAAAUUCCCAAGGAAUACCAAAUGAUCUCCCUCAAAAGUCGGUAUAUUUAAGCUAUAGUCUUGAAGUUUAAAAUUUGAUGUUCGUCCGCCGUCCGCUAUCCUUAUCGAAGAUACGCGCUGUAAAUCAUCAUUUUUGAUGAUUAACUAAACAAAAAGUGAAAAUGCGCAAUUUUAAGAACGUUAUAUUAAAAAAGACGCUCUCGUAUAUUUUUUCAAACCUUGCCAAGGUAAAGGUAACGGACAAAAUUAUUAUUACACCAGAGGAUUUUAACGGAUUAUUGCUAGAUUUUGAGAAAAUUCCCAAUUUACCACCGUUAUUCUGUUGCUAUGGAAGCGGCGAUGUCAACAAAACCUGUUCUAAAUUAAGUUCGAGUUUAGAUACGUUGAUUGACAUUGUGCCUUUUUCGUAAUGCACUACAGCCAAAGUAAUGGGGCAUCAAACGCGAAGAGGUGAAGCCUUGAAAAAUGCGUGCGAGCCUCCUUAAAGUCACCAAACCUCUUAUAUGUCUGCCCUCUAAAUUGGCUUUAACCCAUUCGCCCCUGAACCGCCCGUAACCGCCCGUGCGGAUCCAGGUCCUUUCUACCCUUUGUGACGUCAUCAGUUUUAACGGUCAAGGACAACUUUCUUCGCUAACUUGUGCAGAGUGAAGAGAUCUUUCAAACCAUACCAGAAUGAGCACAAUUCAGUCAAGGACACCGGAGAAAGAAGCAAAAAACCACGUGACAAGGACCUGAAAAUUUCCACGAAAAUCUUGUUCCAUUACCCACCUACCUUUCCUUUCACCUAAUCCUAAGAUCCUAAAAGCUUUCCUAAAAACUCUUCCCACCAAAAUGAAGCCUACUAAAUGCCCAGCAAGAGAAAAAAAUGAGGCAAGAAAAGCGAAAUUUUGCUUUCUACGCAUGCCCGAACUUCGCAAGCUGAUAUUUUGCAUCUGGAUCAGAAGGCCGCCAAGUGUACGACCUGUAAACCGGUUUGUGGUAAGUUUUAGCUCUUUAUAGCACGACAGUGACCAGAAAACCACUCGACUAGCUUCAAAACGCGUUUUUCGGCAAAGUCUCCAGGAGCGAAUGGGUUAAUAAAACAACCUAAAAAACACAACGUCAUGACCACAUCCGAAGCCUUUUUUUCCCUUUUUUGUCAUUUUGCCUUUUACCUCGAAUCGGCGACAAAAUUAGUGAGAGCCUUUGCCUUAAAAGGCCUUUCCGACAGUUGCCGAGUUCAAAAGGAGAAAAUGAAGCUCUCUCUCCCCCACCCCGUUCAUACAAUACAUCAGGGGAGGGGUGUGGAUUGUUUUUGUCCUCGGAAGUUACCCCAUUGUCUCAAUGAUUUUGUCGCAGAUUGUGUGUUGCUCAUCAGCGGAGGCAUACCACCGACUAUAUCAAAUUCUUGUCACAUUCUCUGGCAUGUUUAAAUGAUUCUUGAGCUGCUUAUUCCACCGCCCGAACCUGGAUGAAAGUGUAAAAGCAGUUAAUCCUAUUUCGCGCUUUAUCGACAAAAGCCCUGCCCUUAAACUGGAACGGAAUUCUAUUUUGGGUCGGAUAAUCCGUUUCACUUUUCACUUACACACGCGCCGCAUAUCUUUAUCAUAUUCUCAGAUAUGCCGACACGUUAUGUUACUUGUUCGCAAGUUGAUUAAUUUUGAUACAAGAUUUUUUCAGACUAACUACGAUUCUCUUUGUUGCGAGUCUAAAAUCGUUACUCUUGCCCACAAAAAUAGGCUACCAUUGACGUUAUCCUCUCCAAUAUUAUUUAUUUAUAUAUUUAUGUAUUUACGUUCGCCAAUUCUUGGCAGGGUCACCACAACAUCGCGUGGCGCCAAAUACGGCUGGCCCGUAACAGUCCUCCCCCCCUCCUCCCCCUCCCCCAUGAGAGAGACCACCACACCGGGGACUACGUUCCAGACUCUUUACGAACAAUGCGUUGGUUCUAUAACGCCCCACAGAUUUUAGAUGUGCAAGGGUUGUGAGACGGGCCCUACGGUUUAUCGUCCUUAUCGGAGAAGACUAGAAAGCCUAACCUUUUGCACAUGUCUUUACAAAGGCAGCACUUUCUCCUGAGUGUUGGUCCGGCCGUGGUUUGAAUCAGCAGCAUCCCGCUCGGCGUACCGGCGCUUAUCCAAUUGAGCUAACCGGACGGAGGUUAAAGUAAUGACGAUUCGUUCCUUCAAGAGGGUUGCUAUGAACUAAGACAAACAAAACUAUUACCGUGUAGCAAGUUCUUUAACUCCUAAGAUUUUCAGUUAUCGACCGUCUUCCGGACAUUUGCCUUACGUAGUUUGAUCAUCUGUUUCCCUUUCAGCUGCCAGCUAUUUUCCGUCGAGGGUUGCUUUUCGAGUUUCUUUGAGCUCCGAAAAAUAGUUAAAACUUUCAGUUUGAUAGUAGCCUAUGAAAACACUUUGCCUGUGAAAUAAAUGGGACUAUGCAAAUUUGAAAGUUCUGCCACAGAACUGUUUGCCUAUGGGUGAAACGGUUAAGUGUUAAGCCUUACAAGAAAAUUUGUUCUCGUUCGUUUCUCUAAGAUGUUUGCUGUGACGUACACCGAAUAAGGCCUUUCUUUUUUAAGAGCGAUUAGUUGCUGGAUUGUUCCUUUCCAGAUCUACUCCCUCAACAGUAGUUUUCACAAAGUAAAAAAAUAUUAUAAAAUUAUUUAAGUCUUAACAUGCGCAACUUUUCUUUUUCUUGGUUAGGAAAAUACCUAACCAUCCCCUUCCAUAAACAAAUAUCCCCGGGGACUUGCAAGCAAACAUAAAAAAUAUCGAAACGGCCCUGACAACGUUCCAGUGCUAUAAUGCCGGGUGGUAAGAAGUAUGUGAUCGGAUUAAAAAAUUUUUUUGCGUACAGCGAAACAACACAAGUUAGGUUAGGGUUCAGCGAUAGACGAGGAUUACAGCUUGUGAAUUUUUUUUCGUAACAAGCAGUACAGAAAUCAACAUGUUUCAAAUUUUCAUUUCUCGUAUUUCUCUCCCUAAUCCUCGGUUUUUUGGUGAGUCUUGAGUCGUCUUUCAAAGUAAUAAAACAAGCAUCAUGGCUAUUUCGGAAGCCCAUUUUUUCCAGGUUAUUCUUUAUCUGAUUUGCCGCGAGUGCAGGCACGUAUUUGAAUCAUGCUUCCGCUGUUUAUUUCACCGCCCUUGGCUGGGUGACGGAGAAGGCGUAUACAGGGGCACCCAACGACGGUUUCCUUCUAAAUACGUUGAAAACACGUUUCCGGCUAUCCAGAGUACUUUUAGAUCUCUAGAAAUGCAUUCUAAGCGGAGCUUUAAAAUUUGUAUCUUUUUUGUCAUCUUAGGCGAACUUGAGUCUUUUCGAAAUUACAAGGGCUUCAGUAUUAUUUUCCCGAAAAUUUUAGAUGCAAUUUAACGUUUUACGAAAGUAAGAAUUUUUCUGAUCCCUGUCUCCAUCACAUUUUUAAAUCCGAAAAAUUCAAGUUUCCUUUUUUCUAGAACAAAAAAGCCUAACAUGGGGAGUGAAAUGUUAAAAAAUUGAACUUCAGAAAAUCAUAGGGAAUUAAUUGGAUAAGCUUCGAAAGUUCUUCAUGAAUGGAGCGUCCAUCUAGAAAUUUUUAGCUGUCCUCAAGUAUUAAAUAUUGAGAAAAUUCUAGGCAAUAUUUGCUUCUCCGAACAGAUAUUUUACAGAAAACAGUCGUUGGGGGGCCCUGGCGUAUACACACCAUUUAUCCAAUCUUAUACUACAUCAAAAGACCUCAAUCUGCUCUAAGACUAGACGUAAUUCUCUCUUUGGAGAAUUAAUCCUUCGAUUCAAUUCUGACACGCGCUUAAUAUUUUUGUCAUGACCUUUGAACAGUUAUGCCUACGCGUAUAGUUGUUCGCAAGUUAUCAGCUUUAAAAUAGGAUUUCAGGACAAGAUUAUGAUUAAUGAUGAUCCUACUCCCACGAGUGUUGUCGGUCUUUUAACUUCUAAUAGUGCCGGAAUGGCCAUUAUGCAAAGUUUCCAAAAAAAAUUCAAAGUACCUUUUUGUAAAAAAAAAAAAAGUUUUGUCGAAGAGGUUUUACUUCAACGGUAACACCAUAGGAUUUCGUCAGCUGAAACUAUCAAGCAUUUUUAGGUGUGAUAAUAUGUACUAAUCUGUCAAAGAUUAUACGGUAAUACUAUUUUAAUAUCUAUUCAGUCUGUGCCGCUUUAUUUAUAGCUGUUAUCUUUCUGAAGUGUUUUAACCCUGUUCGCCAGUCCUAAAACUACCUUAGCCAGCCUACAAGAAUAGGUUACCCCAGACUAAGCUCUCUGUUUUGUAUAGCAACUAACAAUGAAAUCAGCUUGUUAGCAUCUAGAAGAAAGCUUGCUUGCUCUCUUUAGCUCUUUCGAGUGGUAUGACUCGCAUAGUUGUUAACAUAUUUUUUUUUUACGUAGUAUCAAGUUUAAUUUGCUUCUUUGUCUGUGAUGCGGUUCUUAUUUUAGAAUAAGCCGCCCCCGUCGAUAAACUCUCACCCUCUUCAAGACGACUAAAGCUUGUUAAGGAGAUUUCGUACAGCCGUUUAUAAUUCAGAUUGUUUAUGAAACCGAGUAUAGCCGGUCUCAAUCAACAAAGAGUCCUUCCAGAAAUGCUUUCAAACCAAGGUUAGGUUUCUUAUUUCUCCCCAAAAAAGAGUUUAGCUUACAAGGGCACUUUGUUUCCGUCCUAAGAGCAGGAACCAAACAAAGCAAAGUGAUUAACGCAGUUUUAAGAUAAAGUUCGGGAUAACAGGGAUGGGUGUUGAUAAACGUCAAUACAGUUCUUAAAAUUUGAUUUUGUCAAGGCAGUCCAGAACUUAGAUUAGACUGAGUUUUCUUAGCUUGUCUUGUCUGAGUUUUUGCUGCUUUUCUUGCAUUUACUUUAUUUUUGUUUUUGGUGUCUUCUCUUCCAAGUCUGAGCUGAACUCAAAGCAAAGAAAAGUCCAGAAUGUUUGUUAUUUCAGUUAUUUUAGUUGUCUUUGGCAGUAUCAGAAUCUGUAGGUUGCGUGGUCACAAAGCCGGAUAGUGGGACUUGCUCACGUGCUUGUCACGUGAGGACUUAAUUAUUCGUUGUCUUACACUAUUUCUAUACCUUUCCAGCAGUCGAUUUGCUUUACGGUUGUCUUGCUAACUUGUAAACGCUACAUUGCGUUAACGUUUGAAUAAUUAUUGUUGAUCACGUUCAACAAGCGGCUCUAUUGUUUGAAUCUUGGUUGAAAUACUCAACGUUGUUCAAAUGAAAGUUUUGAACAACCGUACCUAGGAACCAAGGAUGCGUUCCUUUGAGAUUAUCCGGAUCAACAUCAGUGAUCGGAGAUCACUCGGAUUAUGGUAGAUCAAAUGAACCGAUGAAUCCUUGUCCAGAGUGGAUUCAUCGGUUCGUUUGAUCUACCAUGAUCCGAGUGAUCUCGGAUCACCGAUCCUGAUCCGGAUCAUCCCAAAGGAACGCACUCUAAGUCAUAAUCCCCUUCAUACUGAAUCGAAAUUUCGAUCCAGUUGAUGGACUCCCAAUAACUAAUCAUAAAAAUUGAUUCUACAUUUUGAAGACACCUGAGCGAGCAGAACUUUCUAUAUCCUCCGAGAAAUGCCGGGUUUUCUCAGCCGAUAGCUAUGCUACGUUCGGUGGAGGAAACCUUUACCCGUAGGGUAAAUGCUCUUCUUUGCAUUUACCGUUUAUUGUGCUUCACAAGAUCGUUUGUUUCUGGUUUGUGGAUGGAAUCUUAUCUUAUCUUCGUAAAAUUAGAGUGUCAGCAUUAUCUUUUUUCUUGCACGUGAUGGUUGAAAUCUUAAAUUUUAAGUAAAUUAUCAUAAGGUCAUGUCUACUUUUAAUAUUUUUAAAAAUAAGACAUAGGAUGUUUUCUUUGUUGUCGGAAGUCUUUGAAGUGUGAUGUUUAAGCUCUUUCCAUGCCGUUUUCAAAGAAGUCUUUUCUUGCAUGACAAUAAAACGCAUAAUAAUAGUGUAGGCGUACCCACAAGUCGACUUAAAUAAAUAUUCGACGGACGAAAUCGCAAAAUGGUCUUUUAUACAAAGUUUAAAUAAUAUCACUGUUCACCACAUCUGUGGAAAAUAUAUCACCAUAUCCACAACCUCGUUGCUCGAUCUUUGUGCCCUCAUUUUCUUUUUUGAUCUGCCGCUUCCCUAGUGAUUCUAUCGAGAGAAAAUGCUUCUUUGCGCUUAAUUGCGUUGUUGUUGAAAUGGUUUUCUUAUUCGCAAUGCUUUCAGCUUUCUAUACAUGGCUUGUUGACAAAAAUGUAGAAAUGGCGCCCCCUCGGCAAGACUCUCUCCGCCUCGUUUGCGGCCAUUAAUAUUUGCGUCUUCAGUUAGAUUACAUCUCAAGUGGUUUGUUUCUGCAGGCGGUUUACGGCGGCUUUUUCUUUCAAACGCAUGCAACCCUGCACGCAAACUUAUGCAUGGCAGGCUCACAGACGGGAAUUUUGUUAUAGAGAGGCGUUGGUGCACAGACAGUUUAAAUUAGCUUGCCUUUAAACUCUCAUGAAGAGUUAAGUACCGUUUACGAUCGCAUGACGGAUCGCUAACUAAGCGUGCACAACUAACAAAGCGGCACGCUUUGGUUUGCUUCGAUGUGGUCCAAUAUGGCUUUGGUUGGCGGAGAAAGCCAAAGCCGGGAGCAGACUGGUGGUACCAUUAAACACCAUUAACGAUAUUGGAGUCGAUAUGGCUGUGGUUUUUGUUUUGCAUUGGCAGUAAUUAUUGAUUAAUUGCAGGGCUGGAUAAGUGCGUUCACCGUGUUCUUAGAAUGAACACCCCCUGUGUUUUGUUGGGCCGACGAAUCAGAGUCACGCGAUUUCAGGUGAAUCUGCCGAAUGGAAGAUGAUCUGAGAAUCAAUGGAAACUUUGCGAUUAUCAUCGGAAACGAUAGUAAUUGCUUUUUUAAAAAAAAUUCUAAGGCAUUAAUGAUCCGCAAAAUUGAAGAAAUGGACACCGAAAGAUUAAAAAGAACUGAAGCGACCAUUUUUGAUGGUGUUACCAAUUGAAAUUAAUGAUUGUUUCGAAUGCAAAAUGUAGAAUGAGAACUUUAAACAAUGCUGGAUCUCUAAGCACUAAGGAUUCGUAAAAUUGGAGUGUCAGAAGUUUGAAACAAACUGUAGCAGCCACUUUUGAUGAAUUAAACAUUGUUUAUAUGCAAAAUAAUGAAUGGAUACCUUGAACUAUGCUUGAUCGCUUAGCAGCGUCAUCCACUCGUACAGCAGUUUCAGUUUCAAUUGCCCUCAGCUUAACAACGUUUUUAAAGGUUAUGUCAUAAAAAGUGCAGAAACAAAACUCGUUUGCUGUCUUUCUAGUUCUCUGCGCUACACCUCGCUUUUACUGCACCGUCUAUAGUACUGCCCUUUUGCCAACGCUUACUCGUGCUCUAAGAACAUCGAGGAUGAAUUCCCCGCGACUGAGUUUUCAGAUGCCUCAAGGCACUUACAAUUACGAGUAUAAACUACUCGUGAGGAUGAAAGCAAUUGUAUACUGGAACCUAUUAAGUUUCUUUUAAAAACUGUUUAAGAAUUUCAGACAAUUCAGUUCCAGUAUUUACAAAUUCAAUGAAAAUACAGUUUGUUGCUGGUUAAUUUGCCGUCCAAAAUAAUUAUUGUCUAGGUUUCCUUGUCACUCAGUUAUUUUUGUCGUUCUUUGACUAUUUUUGUCGCUUUGCGCUACUAUAUGUGAGUUUCUCAAUUACGAAGAUAUUAAAUGUAACCAGUUUACUUCGUAGAAGGCGUUCGAAGGGAAAUUCAGGAUCCGUAACACGCAAAGGGCGCGCGAGGGAGCAAAGAGAAACCUCGCGCUCUUUUCGCACACCCUUUAUUCCCCUCUACCCUGCCACCCAAAGCGUUUCUUAGUCCAGUAAAGUGACGAUUUUUUAACGUCUACUUGUUGAUGUUGCCCCAUGUAACGGAAUCCAAGACAAUCUUGGAUUCUGGAUUCCACGCCGUGGAUUCUGGAUUCCAGGUACUAAAUUGAGGAUUCUUUGUCACUGGAACUUGGAUUCCGGAUUCAAAUCGUUAGUGGGAUUCCGGAUUCCUUCAGCUCUAUUCCGGAUUCCAAAACCCGGGAUUCCAGAUUCCAAAAAUGACCGGUCUGCAGGCCGGCCGUUUCUGACGUUUGGAAAGCGCGCCUAGUAAAUUCUAUUUACCAGUCUAAAAUUCGUACUUCAUUUGCUGCUUUUGUUUUAGGUUGUGGUUGACUUUAUUAACAGACGCUAUACCUCUUCUGGAGCACGAAGAGGUAGGAGAUUUUGGAUGCGUUUGCUUCUUUUUUCUUUCAUUCUCUUUUUCAGAUUUUCAUCAGUAAUGAACUACUUGCUGUAAUGAACAACAAAAUAUAUCCAGGGUACUGGUUUGCACGUGACGUCACGGGGGCCAUGUUGGUGGUCAGCGAAAAUAGCAUUUCUCUCCUCUGGGAACUUAACUCUAUUUUCGUGGAAAUUCUUCAAAAACAAUUUUUUCUAUUUACCACCAACAUUGCCGCCUUGUCACGUGGUUGCAAACCAAGAAUAGAGCCUAUAGUCUGGUGUGCAGCUUGCCUCGUCCCUAGGCCUCAUUACUGCGCGCCGCCUAUGCGUUUCGGGUCACGUAAUCAGAGCGAGUCUCCCGGCCAUUCGUCUCUAAUACGUCACCGAAAUGCAUUAACCGUGAAGGCCUCGGUAGGUGCCCUACUGGAACUAAGCAAUUGUGCAGCAACUUAUGUGAACGAAAAAACUUUUGAGUCUUCGGAUGAAAUGCUAUGAUGUGUAAUGAUUGAAGUGAAACCUCUUCAGCAAUACUUUCCCAUUGUGGCUUCAUGAACUGGUUCUAACUUUAAGCGUCUUGGUGCAAAAUUCUGUGCUGUGACCAUUCAAAUAAAGCCUCCUGUGCGGACAUUAACCUGAAAUGUUCAUGUUUCCUUAUUUCACACAAAAAAAUCUGAAUCUAUUACUUUGAAUCUCUUCAUUGUUACUGAAACGGGGGCCAAGCCAGCUAAUUUAUUGCAGUUCUUUUAACACGAAACCCAUUCCUUUCUCGUGUAGGUCAUUUUCUCCAGUUCUCAAACCUACGAACUGAUGCACUGUUUAGAUGAGAUAAGGCUCUCAUUCAGGACUGAAGAGUAUCUGGAACAUCCUGACAAGGGUCUCUCUGAAGAGCGGUCAAAAAGAGCCGCCAUUGGAGGUUCCAGAGCGAAGACAUCUAAGAGCAUCAAGGUAUUUUGAACAAGUUUAAUUUUCCGUUCAUAAAGCAUCACCUAGACCAAACUGGCCUCAGCCGCAUGUAACUACUAUUACCCAUAUAUUGCAGUGCCCUCCCCGCAGAGUGUGUGUUUUGUCCCGCCCGAAUGUUUGUUGCAGAAGAAAAUGUAGCUGUUGCUAGGCAACUGGUUGCGGGUUAAAAACUCUUAACCCUGUCCUUCCCAGAGUGAAAGAAAUGUGGAGUCUUGAAAGGUGGUUCUAACUUUUGAGUCGGUAAUCAAGAUGCUGUAGUGUGACCAUUCAAAUUGAACCUCUUUGUGAAUACUUUCAUCUGGUACUAUUCAUUUUUUCAGCAUUCACAAAAUGAAAUUUGGAAAUUAGGCGACUUUUGACUUAAGUCAGUUUUGGGAAAGGGUUAACAUGCGGUUAGCCGUGAACCCAGGUGAAGCUGUGGUUUUGCUUUGCCAACGUAAAAUCCUUUCUUUCAUCGCCGACUCAAUCCUCUUUCCUGUCGCAACCUGUUAGCAGUGUCAAGGUUUGUCUUUCAUCAAUUAAAUGUAUACAGUCGUCUUAGCUAAAUAUUACUUUUGCUUACUGAUGGCUACAAAUACCUCCCAUCCAUCUCACGGACUGCUCUGCGUGUUUCUAAAAUACUUUCCCCAUAUGUUGUGAUGUUAAGGAAUGUUUAGAAUGAAACAGUGUCAGUUUCUUCGUUCAAUCAAUGUCGAAUUCACCGCUUUAGCUCGUAGAUAGAUCAAGGGCUGUGACUGUAAGGGAAACUAAAGAAAUUUUUUUAAGGUCGAAGUAUUUUGCCAAACGUGAAGAAAAAUCUAUCCUCUUGGUAAAGUUGAUGGAAAGUCAGGGAAGUUUACUUUAGGUUGUCACAUAAUUUCCUGAAGAUCACUGGCAAAAGCCAUUUUCAUGUGAAAAAAAAAUUUAAGUAGACUGAUUUUGAUACUUUCUAAUAUCUUGAACAAGACUUGAACGAAUUGUAGAUUGUUUGAAAAACGUUUAAAGAGAUCGAAAACGAAGAUGAGAUUAGUUAAGGUCUUCUAAAGAAGCUGAAGAAAAUGUGAAAUGAAAGAUAACGAGAAAUCGUUUAGAGGUCAAAGAAAAGUCAGGCAAUUGUCAGAAUUUUUUGUUUUUAUUCCAGUGAAUGGUAACCCUGCUCCGAUAAGCUCAGAUAUUUGUCGUUAGAGAGCAUUGGAACAAUUAGACAAACUGUUUUUAUUUUUGGCUAAGCUACAAUAUCUAUUUCGAUUUUCUCAUGUUGUCACCAGCAAAUAGAUUAAGCAAUGAAUAUAUGGCAUUCGAAUUCCUUUUCUCGUAAUAAUGAAACGUUCGCAUGGAAGGUUUUUUAGACUUCAUUUAUUCAACAUAGUUACGCACGCCCUCUGAGAAGAUGGAAAGUAAGCCAGAAAAGUAUAACAUAUUCCGUAGCUUGAUCCGUCUUGAACAUUAUAGCUGGGUUUUUGAGCAGCACGGUGGGAACGCUGCGUUGUUGGUCUUCAUUUAAAAAGGUCAAGUUUUAGAAUUUUUUUUCAAUGGUACGCUAAACUGAAAGCAGUUCUUAAGCGUUCUUCAGUCUAUUCAACCAAGCCGGAAAAAAACCAAUGAAAAUCACCCUAGGUUAAGUUCUAGUAUUAUUACGCGUUCUUGUUAUACCUAUUGCUAGUUGGGAGCAAACAAUUGAGUUGUUCGUCGCAGCUGUGCAGCUAUGCACGUACACAUGCACGUAUGUACGCUAAACUGACGCACUGAAACGGCUCCAAAACGCACGGCAUCCAACUUGCUAUGGGGCAUUGACAACCCGGGUGACAAGAAGAGGUAUUGAAGCCACACACGAGCAAGGUCGUCAACGCCCAUCUUUGGCAAACAAGGUUAAGUUUGCAACUACGUCGCUCCCGUUGUGAGUUAUUAACGUUCUGUUGUGACCAAUAAAAACGCUCGCCAACGAAGAUGUUUUGAAAUAAAUUAGAAACAUCUGCAGUAAAACUGCUCAAACAACAACAACAACAGCAACAUCCUUUAACAUGUUUAUGGAACGUGUAAUAAAAUAUUUUUGCUCAGCAUCUUUUGGUGUUUGCUUGAGGUAGGGAACAUCUGGCAAGCGAUUCUAAAAGACUAAAUGCGGAAUGAAAGUAAAUUCAGUGUUUGUAAAAACAGGAAUUGAGAAAAUGUUUAUAAUAGAAUGCGUGAAAUUAAUGAAUUCUUCACAGAGAAUUCGUAAGUACUCUAAAUGGUUCGCAGUAUGAGAAGAAAGUCAAACACGCGUGUAGGGAACGUUUGAACAUCCUCUCGCUAAUUUCCUACAAGCUAAACAUAUGUCUCUUGAGGGGAUUUCUUCCUAUAGUACUAGCAUAUUAUAUUUUCGUAUGUCGCUUAGUUUCUAGUAGAACAGUUUUACCUCUUUAAUCAAAGUCCUACGCAAUUCCGCACAUCAAACUGGCUUUUCUACUAUUUAAGAGCUAUUUGAUUUUUCUAUGGCGUAGGCUGGCAGGGGGAGACUGGAGAGAAGUAGAACUUUCCUAGGCUAAGAGUUAUUUCAAUUCAACUUUUCGUUCCGGCGGUAUCUCUAUUCGGAGUUGCCCGCUGGUUCCAAAACUUGGUAAUUUGAAGUCUACGAAAGGUUUCCUUCGGAAGUAAAAAUUUCUUUAAAACCCACGAAUAUUUAAAAACGAUUUCUUGGUAACUCUUUCGUUUAUAUAAAGAAUUAGGCCCGGGGCAAAUACCCAUUAAAAGACUGUAUUAAUGGACCUAUUUUGUAGAGGAAUCUUUUGAAUCGCUGAUAAAAGUGAAAAACCCUUCUUUAUAAGAAGAACAUGUAGCAGCAUCAAAUUUGAUUCAAAUUCAAAACCUAUAAAUAUAAUACCGAGGCAAAGAUAAUUGUUUUUGUUGCAGCUGUAAUAGAUCUAUACAAGCCUUGCCGAAUUUGCCUCAAAGGUGCCGCGAUGCUUUAAACACUGCAAAUGAAUUAAAAGUUUUGUAUGUGGUUAUUUAUUUCGUGACCAGCAGAGGCAAGUUUUAUUGACAAAACAAGAAAGCACUCUGUCUUAAACGAGUACCGAACUAACCACCCCGCCUCGAAGCCACCAGAAUCUUAUUGUUGAGCGUAUUAAUGAAAAAACAAAUUUAGAGCUGGUAUUUUGUUCUCACGGCCACAUGCUCAGUAAACAAACGUAGCAAUUACUGUAUAGUUUUGGCGGAGAUUCUUUGAUGAAUAAUUGAGUUGGGUUCCCCGCUGGAAGCAAGACUCCUCAAAGUACCGCAUUGCAUGUGGUCUUAGAGCGAAACGCCAAAAGUUUAUACAAGUCCGCUUUUGAAGCCGUGUUUAUUGAUGAUUCGUUUGGCUCGACAAGGUAUCUAAAGAACCUGUCUUAGGUGCAUGUCAGGGUCCAUAUAUUUGGCAGCUCGGCAGUGGAGAAAAAGAAGAACGAGACAGAAAGGAUUUGGUAGCUUGGCACUAAAUAAAAAAUAACGAGAAAUACUUUAGUUGCACGUCAAAGCGUCCAUAUGUUUGGGGCUCAGCAGUCGACAAAAAAACGAGAAUUGACAGUAUAUGCGGGUAGUUCACUUGCUCCGCUCUCCCUAAGGAAAGUAAUAGAUUGUAGUGUACAACAAUGCAAAACCUAUUUAACUCUCACGAAAACACGGUAGUGGGCAGGUAAAAUUAGAAUUACCCAAACUGUUGCAGCUCGGCUUAGGUAUUAGGACAGACAGACAGUUAGGACAGAUUCUUUAUUUUACCGCACAGAUAAAUAGCCAGUGCUCCAGUGCUUCUUAUUUUACCACUAAUUCUGUUGAUUAAAACAAUUGUUUCGCCGUUAAUAUUUUCCAGAGUUUUCGAUUAAGUGGAAAUUGAAGCUUUGGAGUAUUAAGGCUUUAAUCCCAACCGUCCACAAUUCAUUAAUAUGAUUCUCUGAGAAACUACUUCCUUCUUGAUAUUUAACCGGCGUCAAAACUUGCCCUCGUGAGCUUUUUCCGCUAAUCAAGUAUAGGGCGGAGAAACUUCUGAACAUUGUAGACGACAGAAAUAUUACAAAAAAAGCGGAGGAUUUAAUCGCUUAAAAUAGAUAGCUUGCAUGCAUUCAGAUCCGUGUGAACAAUUAUUCCGUUUUUAUUGAGGGCGGAAAAUUUGGUAAACAAGAUUUUCGUUCUGUUCGCCAAUAUUUCUGCAAAGGGUUACUUUUCGCGCCAUUUUGUCAACAAGAAAGCCCUGCUACGACUCUGUCGGUUGCACUUUGAGUACGCAUGCGUCGAUCCAAUGGCCGAUCUAUCCUCGGAAGUGCUUGACUCGAUUGAUCGAAAAGCUCCAUUAUAUUUUCACUUGUUGCUUCUCUACCAUUCUUGAUUAUUUAAGAGCUAUUUUUGUCGAAGGGCUGGCUAUUGCGUCGUCCAAUACCAGUUUUUCUAAUGCCUCAGCGUCUACAGAAAUUGAUUCCCGUCUGCAUAUUAGGUUGCUCGAAAAAUAUCCAUUCCAAAUAUUUGUCCUUCGGUUUUUUUCCAGGCACGAAACAAGAAUUGAUAAACCUUUUAAUUUGCGUCUGAGCCGUAUCACGUCAUUUGGUGAAGUCUAUUGUGGAUAAGAAAUGAUUUUUUUUUUGGUUAUUUUAAGGCAGCUUCUGGUUCAUUUUUGUGUUUGCAAGGAAAGGAACUAGAUAGAAGGGUACCGUGGAUGAAGACACUGGAUAAAACUACAGUAGUUAAGCCGGUAACGGGCUUAGUUGAAGGCCCCUUAGUCUGGUAAUGGCCUAUCUGAUCCUAUUCAUCUCAAAUCUUAAAAUUUUCUCUUUCACGUUAAUUCUAAACAUUUCUCCCUGCCGUAUUUUCUUCAUUAAAACAUUCUUUCAGACAUUUUUUGUGCCAAUAACUCAAGCACAACCUACUUGAGGCAUGUUUAGAUCGGCCCCAUCCUCGGGUUGGGUUUCAAAAAUAAGUUGCUGCUACUGAGAUACGCUGAAAUAUUUAAAAAUAAAGCAGCCGUUUGAUGGAAAUAUUGAUAAUAAUAUUGUUCACUCUGCAGCCUUUUUUGUCCAAUGAAGCAUCGGCCCUGUUUGAGCUUAAAGGGACAGGUUCACGGUUCAGCGCAUGCUCAUAUAUCAAAAUGCUAUUUUUCUGCUGGGACAUGCUGUAUCGUCUAUGGAAGCAAUAUGACCAUGUCAUAAUGUUGUCAAAGAACCAAUCUGCGUACUCCUCCUGGCAGACACUUGAUCAACGUAUGUGCAAAUAGCUGUAAAUUAAUCAGCCAUUGAAUAAAACCUUCGGGUCAACAAUAAAUUCAACUUUGGUAGUGUUGGCAUGAUCCACUAAUUUUUUCUGCGAUUUUAGUACUCCUCCAUCCUACUUCAGGUUACUUUGAAAUACACUUCUACUUUAAAGUACACGCUGAGAUCGCUGAGAUACAUGAGAGUGGGAUUAUUAACCGAUAGAAUUGGGAAAAAGUAAUUUAAUUAAUGAGCAUGCAGUUAUCCGUGAACCUGUCCCUUUAACAUUCCCAUAGACUGACUUUUGGCAGAAAAAGCUAUAUUCAGAGAUGAAAGCGUAUGGACUCUACUACCCUGUAUACUGUAUACAGCUUGCUAUGAAAAUAGAAUUACAGUAAAUUACAAUUUUGUAAUUCCUCUUAGGACUGUCUGUAAAAGCCUGUGUGCAAACUUUCCUAUCACCUUGCCAAACAUAAAGAGAGAGAGAGAGAUAGAGAGAUACCCAGGCCUCGGUUCCUGAAAGUCUUUAAUUCAGGAUUAAAAUUUUGUUCCACUUUUCGAAUUUACCUUUCUAUGCAUUGCUUAGGGUAAGUUUUGCGUUAUCAUUUUGUUUCAGUAUUUUGUGAGCUCGAGUUACAUGUCCUUAGACAAGAAAACCUUGUUUAAAAUUUGGCUUAAUCCUGGGUUAAACUUAAGAAUCUUUUGAGGAACCGUGCCCUGAAGUUUUCACUACUAUUAGUAGGGCGCACGCGCGUGAACUCGUCCCUCCACGUUUCCUCGUGGGUGGCGAUUUUCACGUGCGCUUACGUAUUUCGCUCGCUUUUCGAAACAUUUUUAAAAGGAGUUUAUUGUAGUCUAGCAGUAACUUCCCAGACUAGAGUCCGCCGUAGAAAAAUGUGCGAAACGUGCAGUUAGUGCCGAGGAUGGGAUUUAUCUAGCUUUAGAUCUAAAAGAGCGCAUGAAAGAGGCUCUUAGCGCAGCUUCUAAUGGCAGCUUUCUCAUAACAAGACGUGACAUAAUUAUCAAUUUGUUGUUAGGACUUCAUAGACUUCCUAUCGCUCAAAUCAUUCUCAGGAUUUUUUUUGUGGGCAGUUUCUGGUGUUUUUGAAGAAAUCGUAUCCAAAGUUUAUCAGGGGCAACCAACGACCGAAUGUUUCCAAAUACGUUAGAAGUGUCUCAAGAAAAUGUCACAGUUUUAUCUAUGAUUUAGAAGCCUGUGGUUAAUUUGGAGCUGCCCUGUGGUUUACUGAAUAUAACUUUCAAUGUUCAUCCUAGUCCUACUCUGUCAAUAUUUUUCUUUUUGAGAACACUUGUCAUUUAUGACGUACUUUUCUAAAGCGAUGUUUUACUGAGUGAACUCUGACAGUAGAUUUGACCUUCUACUGGUAAAUAUCCUGCUAAAAAUAGAAGAGAAUUUGGGAUUACAGAAAAAGCGUUACCGCCGCCAAAGAGUGAAGUGUUUUGCUUUAAUGAGGAAGUCAACCAAAUAUGCCAUUAAUGAAGUCGCGUCAAACCCGGCACGCGAAAAACAGUGGAGACUCUAAACUCUUAAAAAAAAUCCUUUUACCUAUUCCAUACUUCUCAUUGCAUUAAAUCCGGCCCUGAACGUUCUAGAUAUAGAGUCUCCGGCGUUUGAAAAGUCUUUUCGUCCGGUUGAGGUUUGCCGUGAGGCAAUUUACAGUUAUUGCGCAUCUCGCCACAUCUGGGAUUUUUUAAGAGUUUUCCGUCGCUCACCUCUCGAAAAUAAUCGAAAAGCCGAAAGAACUGUCGGUAAUAACAGCACCAAAUAUAAAUAUUUGGUAUAUAGUGAGGUUACAGACAAAAACAUGAGCUUGUCAGAGAUUUGGAUUAGUUUGCGGAUGGCACGAAAGGGCGGAAUAUUGUUAUCAUCUUAGAUAAUCUUACCCCAAGCUAAUUUUGAGUCUCAAAAGUGAAGGAAAAGACUGAUCGUGCCAAUUCCGCGUACACUGAAUAGAUUUGACCGGCUUAAUCUCUGGCAAAGCUAACAAAACAGAUUCAUUACGUCAAAGAAAAAAGAUACUAUACGCUGUAAUCCUUUUGACGUUAGUCGUGGUGUGUUUGGGGAGGCGGGGGAGGGGAGGGGAAGGGGGAAGGGCACAGAGUAUAUAAAAGUAGGGUAUCCCGCCCAGGGAUCCCGCCUAUUUCCCUAUUAAAGAGGGAUGUUCCAAGCCAAACUGUUUCGUUAGCGAAUGGAGUUGUUGGGAGGUGACUGUAGAGGGACUUGCUUCUAUCCAUUUUCACACGUACAAUACGUUAAUACCAGACUACUCGAAGUGAUCCCCUCUUCCAUAAAGUGCUUUCUCGCACAAAACGAUACUUUGUAACGAGACGUGAGCGUGUUACGGGCACGCAAAUAAAACUACUUAUCAUUUGUCAUGACGCAGCUAGGGUUUAAUGGGUGUUUCUUCAAACGUAUAUGCCGCUUCUUUGACGCGAGAACUUUCUUGCGUUCAAUCAAGGCACGUAGCUUUGUAAUAAUUAUAAUAAUAGCGUGAAGUAACAAAAGGAUCAAGUGGCACCAUUCAAGCGAAAGCUAUGUGGUAGCACUCCACAAGGAAAAAAAACAACUCCAGGAACAAGUGGCGGCUCUCAAAAAGCUUCCGUUUGAAUUCACUUGUAACACUCUGCAUUUUGGUGCACGUACUUAAAGUUAUAAAGACAACUAUAAAACCUUAUCACAGUGGCUUUAGCUCUGUUUUAUUUUAUGGAAAGUUGUCCUGACUUUUGCUUCUGCGCAACUACAGUCACACAACUUGACCAUUCAAGCGGAAUCUUUGUAAGAUCACUUGUUUAUCAGCUUGUUUUUCUUUGUGGUUCUUUGUGGCGUGAUCUCCGAUUCCUCCAGGAAGUAACAAAGAAUUACUGAAGCGAUUCUGUUAAAGAGAAUAAUUAGUAACAAUUAACUGACGUAGCAACGAUAUCAGUAUUCGAUAUUUUCGUCAGGAAAUAAUUUGGGACGAAAAUUCAACAGCUGUGGCAGUAACCUGUCUGUAUUUUGGCACUUUCGUUCUCAAUAAACACCCUCUCUUUUUGUUUUGGCGGCUACACGCAUACUUAAUUCUGUAGCAUGUACGUAGCUUGCGGGGAUGUCCAAGUCGAUUGAGCUGCUUCUUUUGCUUCGUUACGUUCUAUUUUCUAGAUGUUUUAGUUGUGAGGAUGUCCAAGUCGAUUGAACUGCUCAUUUUGUUUCGUUACGUUCUAUUUUCUAGGUGUUUUAGUGGCAGAAGUAUUUUUUGUUGUUGGAGCACUGAACAACAAACGGUGCUAACAGGGCGUGAUGUGCGGCACUGUGACCGAACGUCUUAAAAGAAACACUUCUCUAUUGAAGUGUCAGUAUAUUUAGCACUAAGUACUUAUUAAGGACGCCGUUUUUAAGUUCUCAUGGUAGACGGAACGACGUCUAUCUCUACGUGGUUAGGGUUGUCGCUAAGAUUCCAAGUUGCUAGGUAUAUACAAUUGCUGGGCGUGAAGUCGAACAGCUAGGAAGUUCUAAUGUUCCAUGUUUACCUGACUAUUAUCUCCUCGCAUGAUAGCACAAAUCACCUAACACAAACUUUCGAUUAGUAUGAAUGCCAUUUUGCUACUGCAUGUUAGUUUACUUGUGAUUUAAAAUGUGAUUGAAAAUCGAUGAAAGGGUGAUUGAAACUGUUCGCGUUUGUUGAUGUUUUGAUGUUUUCAGUCGGUGCGAACUGUUAGGUCGAAAAAUAAAAUCCUAAUGUGUGUCAACUCAAAUGAUUAAGUCCUGACCAGUAAUUUAUAACUCUUUCUUAAUAUUCAGAUUUUCUGCCAAAUGACUGCAUUCUUUCCUCUCUUAGCGCUUUUAAUAUUUUCCUAUUUUUUCUAGGUUAUCCCUAUAUUAAGAUCUCCCCUUACAGAUAACCCACCCACCCCGGGAAAGGUUGGCCACACCACCGCGGUCUACGUCCCCUACUCUUUUCGAACAGUGUUCGAAACAGUUCUUUUACGUCCCACAAGAACCAGAUAAGAGAAAGUGCUGUGAGAAGGGACCUACGGUUUUUCGUCCUUAUCCGAGAAGACUAGAAAGUCUAACCGUUUGUAGAUGCGAUUACAAAGGCAGCACUUUCGUCUCAGUUACCUAAAGACGUUGAGUGUUGGUCUAGCCAGGGUUUGAACCUGUAACCUCCCGCUCAGCAGACUGGCGCUUUCCCAACUGAGCUAAGAUAACUCGAAAAGGCUGGAGAAAAACUCGAAAGACUCUCACUUUUUUUUUCAGGUGCAAGAAGAGGAAGAGAAAGACAAGAUGGACCUGAUCCGCUUGGCUCUUGCGCGUAACCUUUCAAGAACUAUCUUAUAAAGCUGGCGACUCGUCGACGAAAGGCGAUGAACAGCUCCUAAUCAGUUGCUAAAAGGUUGGAAAUAUAACGAAAAAAUUAAAAGCCGAGAAUGUUAAAUACAGCUAAACCAUCUCGGAAAUGACCUCUCCACUUCCUUCAGAACAAAGGUGGUCGCUCGUGAGUAAUCAGCGGAACACUGCAGGUUUUUAAACGUAGGUUGUCAGUGAGGCAGUGCAUUAGGUCUAUUUGUGAGGACACCUUGUGGCAAUAACAUAACAGGAUCCCGAAUUGAGGAAACGGUUUGGGAGAAGUUCUUCACAAGGUCACAAAAAUGUCAGAAAGGAAUUUGAGCGGACUUAUGGACAAAUGAUAGUCGGUUAUCAACUGAGAACAAUACUGAAAAUUGAAACUAAUUUAUUGUUUUUUGUAAGGUCAAAUGGAUAUUCUCACAUAAUCCUGACUACUAUUCAUGUACUUUGAUCCACUAGCCUAAUCACUCGCUAGAUUUCUUGGACAUUUCGUCCAUGAAACCACACAAGUAACUGAUGUUGUGUACUGAGUAAAAAGACUAUUUCGCCCAUAUUUUUUCUUAAGUUAAUUGCCAGAAUUCAGGAGACUGAUAGGCAGUUCCCAGUUCUCUGGGCAGUUCCUAUUGGUCAAGGAAACUCUAGGGCGAAAUUUUGACCUGAGUCAAGGAAAAUUGGUAUUUUGAGCGGAAAGGAUCAAGUAAACUUGAGUCUGUAACAUUGUUGAUUCUUCAGGCUAAAUGAAUAAUCUCGUAAAAUCGCCAGUCCUGUAUGGCUGCUAUGCUUGAACUUUGAUGCACUUAACUUUGUCCUUUGGACCGUCAUUUUUUUCAGGAAAUUGCACAAAAAAAUCUUUCAAAAGGUACUACUAUCCACACCUUUUUUAUGAUUUGAAAGGGCUACUGACAGCCAAAGCUCUUUAGUAAACCAUGAGGGCAAAGCGAUAAUGAAAAUCUCACUUUUACUCGACUUAAAACCAGGGAGACUUUACAGAGGUGAUAUCCAAUGUAUUGGGCUGUCUGUGGAUAGGAGCAACGCUAGUUUAUUUGGCUUUUGUCUUUAUUUGCGUGACAGUUGAAUUUAACAUGCAGAAUUGAUCAAGUAGAGGCAGUUUGUUCUGUUCUUGAUCUCCAUAACAUAAGAGGUCUUCAACGAAUCCCGCUGUAUAGUUUUGCUCGAUACAACCUGGUGUUUCACUGUACCUAUAUAGCUCUUAGGUAUCUUUAAAAUAAAUUACAUUUAUAUAUCUGAAUUGCUUUUCUGAG